AUGGCUGGCAAGUUCGAUUCUGGAAGGACAAAUGAUGAUGAGAUCAGGAUUGUGAUGGUGGGAAAGACUGGAAUUGGAAAGAGUGCUACUGGAAACACUAUUCUGGGUCGUGAGUGCUUUGAAUCCAAGUUCAGUGCCGUGUCUAUGACUGUAGAAACUUCCAAAGGAAAAGCUUCAGUGGAUGGACAUCGCGUUGCUGUCAUUGACACCCCGGGGCUGUUUGAUACCAGGGUUGAUGAAGAGGAAACUCAGAAAAAUAUAUGUCAGUGCAUCUCCUAUGCUUCUCCAGGACCCCAUAUCUUCUUGGUGGUCAUCAGACUGGGCAGAUACACUGAAGAGGAAAAACACAUAGUGCAAAAGAUUCAAAAUAUCUAUGGCACUGAUGCAGACAAAUACAGCAUGGUUCUCUUUACCCAUGGAGGCCUACUUGGAGGCACCACUAUUGAAGAGUUCUUAGAAGGAAGCCCAGACCUGCAGGAACUCGUGGCCAGAUGUAACGGUCAGUACCACGUCUUCAAUAAUAAACUGACGGAGCGCUCUCAGGUCACUGAGCUGCUCCAGAAGAUCAGAGAGAUAGUCCAGAAGAACGGAGGAAGCCACUACACCAACGAGAUGUUCCAAGAGGCUGAGAGGGCGAUUCAAGAGGAGAAACAACGCAUCCUGAGAGAGAAAGAAGAAGAAAAAAUACAGAAAGAAAAAGAGAAAAUGGAGAGAGAAAUACAAGAAAGAUAUGAGAAAGAGAUGCAGAAAUACAACGAACAACCCCAGGCUGAGAGAGAGAGGGAGAGGAAGGAGAGAGAGGAGGAGAGGAAGAGAGAGAGAGAGAGAACGGGAAAUGAACAAAGAGAGAGGGAGAGGAAGGAGAGAGAGGAGGAGAGGAAGAGGGAGAGGGAGGAGAGAGAGGAGGAGAGGAAGAGGGAGAGAGAGGAGGAGAGGAAGAGGGAGAGAGAGGAGAGAGAAUGGGAGAUGAAGAAGUUAAAGGAGAAGUGUGAGAGAGAACUGAAGAAAGAAAGACGCAAGAUUCAGUCCAGAUAUGAAAAUGAAGCCAGAAAUGAAGCUGAGGAGUUUAAUCCAUUAUUUUUUCUGACAGUACCUGCUGAAACCAUACUUAAUGUUGGCCAUGCAGUGGUUGGAGGAGUUAAAAAACUUGGGAAGAUGUUAAAAACCACUUUUACAUUUUGA